AUGGCUACCCCCGGCUCGGAUCCGGCUGUCGAUGCGCAGUCCAGAUCGUCGCUUGUCAUAGCGAUCUGCAUCUCCUUUGCGAUAUUGUCAUUUUUUAUCGUCGCUUUGAGGCUUUACGUUCGUGUUGUUCUCCUCAAGGCCCUGGGUCCCGAUGACUGGACGAUAUGCGUUGCUCAGGUCCUUGCCAUUGUCGUUUCUAUGACGACUAUAUCAGAGGCUAAAUUUGCCCUUGGUCGUCACAUAUGGACUCUACCGCCAGAUCGUAUCCACAAACAGUUAAAGGCUCUCUAUGUUAAUAUUAUCAUUCAUAAUUUAGGAAUGAAUCUGAUCAAGAUUUCUUUUCUAUUACAAUAUCGUCGCAUAUUUUCGACCAAGACCAUGAAACGAGUCACCCUUCUUCUGUUAUGCGUCAUUUCAACAUGGACUGUAGUCCAGCUGCCAGUGCUCGCACUUACCUGCUUUCCCCUGUCCGCUAUAGUGCCAUCCAUGGCGGAUACCUGCCUCCCGACUUUCCCGAGUUGGUACUUUACGACUUACUUCCAUAUCGCCACCGACUUCAUCAUCUUCAUUGUCCCCUUGCCAACCGUGUUUUCUCUUAAUAUGGGGUGGAGGCGGAAGCUUUGCCUGGUAGCUAUUCUCUCCAUGGGGCUUUUCACAUGCAUCAUAUCUAUCAUUCGAGCCACGACGCUCCACCAAUGCCUUGUUACGCCAGACCCGACGUGGGAUACGACAGAUGCUGCAUGGUGGACCGUUGUCGAGAUAAACUGCGCCAUCAUCUGCGCGUCUUUGGCCACUCUGCGGCCUCUUCUUGGCAAAUUGGUCCCUAGUUUCAAUUCAAAAUUGACAGACGGUUCGAACAAGUCCUACACAGUGACUCGACCGAAUAGAAUGACAUUUGAGCGUAUGCCAACGGCCUCGGGAGGGGGGAGCAACAACAACUUGGCACUCGACGAAUUUCCUGUACCAAAACAGGGCAAUUUUGUGAGAGAACCGGAUUCGAAAUAUGGAGUUCAGGCAGAAAUCUAUGCAUCAACGGCAGAUUUAAAAGCAGUGGAGGCAGAUCAUCAAGAGGGUGUUCCUGAUACUACCUACAAGCCCAAUAUCAAAGUCACGUACGAGGUUGCUAUGACUAGCGAAGUGUCUGGUAGGCUGGCAGGAAGAGGGAGGAUGAGAAGCAAUGAUUAG